AUGAGAAUACCAUCGGCCUGGUCGGCCUUUGCGCCUGGUGCGCUGUUCUUGGGCCUCGCUGCCGCAGCACCCACCGCUCCUCUGCAGAAUGGCACCGUUGCUUCCGCUUCUGCCUCUGUUUCUGCCUCUACCUCUUCUGUCUCACCCUCCGCCAUGCCAGCAGCCUCCUCAGCGCCGGCUGGUCCAGACGUCGCCGUCGUGGCCCUGCCCGCAGAAGACGCCUCCGCCUUUCCGGGUCUAGGCCCCGACGGCUCGCAGCGCCAAAACUGCAACACGCCGUCCAACCGGGCGUGCUGGCAGCCGGGAUUCGACAUCAACACGGACUGGGAGGUGAACACGCCGACAACGGGUGUGGUGCGGAGCUACACGUUUGUGAUUACAGAGGUGGACGGCUAUGUGGGUGCCGACGGCGUAUCGAAGCAAAAGGCCAUGUUGAUCAACGGCCAAUUUCCCGGCCCAACAAUCAAUGCCAGUAUGUCUUCACUCUUUCUCUCUCCCCCCGCUUGCAUACCACCUGCUAACGGCCCAGACUGGGGCGACACCAUCAGCGUCAACGUGAUCAACAAGUUGCAGACCAACGGCACCGGCAUCCACUGGCACGGUCUCCGCCAGCUCAACAACAACAUCAACGACGGCGUGCCGGGCGUCACCGAAUGCCCCGUCCCGCCCGGCCACAACAAGACCUACACCUUCACGGCCACCCAGUACGGCACCUCGUGGUACCACACCCACGUCUCGUCGCAGUACGCCUACGGCGUCACCGGCUCCAUCCGCAUCAACGGCCCCGCCUCGCUCGACUACGACAUCGACCUCGGCCCGUUCCCCAUUUCCGACUGGUACUAUCCCAGUGCCGACCAGCUGCUCGCCCGCGUGUCCAGCACGGCCAACCCCUUUGUGCCGGGCCAGCCGGGCGUCUCGCCGCCGAGCGACAACCUCUUCUUCAACGGCACCAACAUCAACCCGCGCGACCCCAGCCAGGGCGCCUAUGCCACCGUGACCCUCGCGCCGGGCAAGCGCCACCGCCUGCGCCUCAUCAACCCAUCCGUCGACAACACCUUUACCGUCUCCAUCGUCGGCCACCAGAUGACCGUCAUCGCCACCGACUUUGUGCCCGUCGACGCCUACACCACGUCGUCCCUCUUUCUCGGCGUCGGCCAGCGCUACGACGUCACCAUCGACGCCAGCCAGGCCGUCGGCAACUACUGGAUCAACGCCACCUUUUCCGGAACCCACGUCUGCGGCAGCUCGGCCAACCGCCUGCCCGCCGCCAUCCUGCACUACGAGGGCGCGCCCGUCUACAGCCCCCACAACACGACGGCGGGGAACAAGGGCGGCAGCCACCCGGGCGCCGUCGGCCUGCCCACCGACCCCGGCACGCCGCCCCCCGACUCGUUCUGCGCCGACAACACCGACUUUGUGCCCAUCGUGCCGCGCACGGCCCCGCUCGCCCAGUUCGAGCCCGUCGCGCGCGAUACGCUGCCCGUCGCGCUCAGCGUCAAGGGCCCCCGCGUCUUUUGGUCCGUCAACGGAUCCGCCAUUGAUGUCGCCUGGGACAAGCCCACGCUCCAGACCCUCAACGACCGCGGCUCGUCCUUUGGUGCCUUCAACACCAGCGAGAACAUUAUCAUCCUCGACGAAAAGGCCACCUGGAGCUUCUGGCUCAUCCAGAACGAGUCGCCCGUGCCGCAUCCCAUGCAUCUCCAUGGCCACGACUUUCUCAUCCUCGGCCAGAGCCCGGCGCCCGCAAACCCACUGAGUCCCACCGCCGGCCCCGUCGAGUUCAACAUGAUUGACAAGAACCAACUCCGCGCCGCCAACCCCGUCCGCCGCGACGCCACCAUGCUGCCCUCCUUUGGCUGGCUGCUCGUCGCCUUUGAGUCUACCAACCCGGGCGCCUGGCUCUUCCACUGCCACAUUGCCUGGCACGCGAGCCAGGGCCUGAGCGCCCAGUUCGUGGAGAAGCGCUCCCAGAUCCGCCAGGCCAUGGACCUCAACGCGCUGAACCAAAACUGCCGCAACUGGGACGCCUACGAGCCGACGGAUCCGUUCCAGCAGACCGACUCUGGGCUGUGA